AGAUGAUGUAACCUUUCACUCCUGACCUCUGACCUGUUAGCUGGAAAAUUCUGUCCGCCAUUUUGUUUUCUUCCACCAAAGCCGCUGGCAAAAAUUUGGCGCCUUUCUGAUCUCUUUGGGACCACAGACGAACAGGCAGAGAUGGCCGCACCUCACCGUGACUCUCCGCCCUCAGUCAUCAGCCGUCCUGACCAGCCAUCGAACCGGUACAGCUCCGAGCACCAGCCUGCAGCAGGAGGGGGGCGCUGGGAGGGGGGUGCGCCCUCCAGGGGGGGGCCUGGCGGGGGGCUCGGACAGCAGGACAGAGAGGACAUGUACACGCCAGUGGCACGCUUCCAGAGUCUGGUGGAGGCGACUCAGAACAGGGCGGAGAGAAGUGUCGGGUUUCCUGUCCGCGAGGACAGAAACGGCUCGUCUGGGUAUGGCGGGCGCGAGGUUCCGGAAGUGCGGCCGGGGGUCCGCGUGGGGAGGUCGCCAUCACGAAGCACACACGACAGACCGGACAGCGGAAGCGAUCUGGAUGUGUCCGAAACGCGCCCGCACGUCAGAAGGUCGCCGACACGCACCGUGGCAGACCGGGAAGACGCCGGGAACGUCCAACACGUGUAUGUCAGCCAGUUGGAGCGGGAGUCCCCCCAAAAGUACCACAGGGAGGAUGGAGAAACCCACCCAGCAUCCCCUGCAGAGGACCCACCCAGGAGCGCCUCUCCGGAGGUCACAGCAGACAGAAUGGAGGAAGCCAACCAGCCAGACCAGACCAGCCGAGAGGCAGGGAGCGAACAGGGGAGGGGGGAGGACCCUGCAGGUGGGGAGAGUGACAGUGAGGCUCCGGCAGGCACGUCGGGAGAAGACUCACAGCUCAGCGCGGAAGCAGAAGCAGCAGAGGCGCCACACGAGGCCGCAGAACCGGUUGCCAGCCAUGAGGACCAUGCACAGCCAACCGGAGACAACCAGCUGCAGGCAGAGGAGGGCAGCAGCCAGGAGGACGGGAAAGAGCCUGCCGGAGAGAAAAGCGACAAACACGAAGCUGCAGACGGACCCGAGGAGGAGCCGACCACCAGCAAGUCGAGGAGGAAACGGAAGCACUACGUGUGCAAGGACUGCGGGCACAAGUCGUCGCGCAAGUCCGUGCACGUGGCCCACCUGGGGAUCCACACCGCAGAGGAGCCGCGCUGGGAGGAUGAGGAUGAGGAGAUGGAAGAGGAGAAGCCGUACACACGAGGGAACAGGGAGGUCAUCCUGACGCUCUACAGGUGCGAGAAGUGCGACUUUUCCACCACCAAGAAGCGGGGUCUGGACCGCCACAUGGCCAAACACGCCACGGGGAAGACCUACGCCUGCGGGGAGUGCGAGUUCAUCGCCACCGCAAAGUACCACCUGCGCAAGCACGUGCGGUUCACGCACCGCGACCUGCCGUACAGCUGCACCAAGUGCGACUUCACCACCACCUUCAAGCAGCAUCUGCACAAGCACAUGGCCAAGCACAGCGGGGAGAAGCCCCACGUCUGCGUGGAGUGCGGAUACCAGACCGCCGAGAAACACCGCCUCACGCGACACUUCGCCGCCAGCCACUCCGGCAAGCCGUACAAAUGCGACCAGUGCGACUACACAGCCGCCCUGAAGGACUAUCUGGACAGGCACAUGGCGAAACACACCGGGGAGAAGCCGUAUAUGUGCCACCAGUGCGGGUUCCGAACCGCCCAGAAGUACAACCUCAGCCGCCACAUGUCCGUGCACGUCACCGACAAGACCUACAAGUGCCCGCACUGCAAGUACUCCACCAUGUACAAGAGCAUCCUGGACCGGCACGUGAUCCAGCACACAGGGGAGAAACCCUUCACCUGCACCGAGUGCGACUUCAAGGCCACGCAGAAGGCCAUCCUGGCCCGCCACAUGCGCGUCCACACAGGGGAGAAACCCUACAAGUGCACGCAGUGCGACUACUCGGCAGCCCAGAAGACCAACCUGGACAGCCACAUGGCGAAGCACACCGGGGACAAGCCCUACAUGUGCGAGGACUGCGGCUACAGGACCGUGCACAGGUCCUACCUCGCCAAGCACAGGAAGAUCCACACAGGGGACAAACCCUACAAGUGUAAACAGUGUCCCUUCUCAGCCAGCACCCAGCAGGGGCUCGACAAGCACAUGGGCAAACACACCGGUGAGAGACCUUAUGCCUCCAUGGUCCCCGUGGGCCCGCCUGCGGCCGGGCUGUCCGGGGGCCAGGAGCAGGCGGCCGGGCCGUCGGGGGGCCUAGAACAGCCGACUGGGCCAGCACAGCCUCCACUGGUACUGGUAGUAAAGGAACAGCUAGCAGGACAGCACACAGCUGAACAGCAUGAAGCGGGACAGCACGCUGCACAGCAACAGACAGCAGAGCUGCUCACAGAACAGCAACACACAGUAGAGCAGGUACAGCACUAGGACAGUGCUGACUGUAGCUGUACAUAUGGCAGCAGAAGCAUACAGCACAGCACUGGACAGCUGAGUAAUACUAAUAGCUAUACAUGUACAUAUGAUAGCAGAAUAGCAUAGCAUCAUACAACACAGCAUUGGUACAGCGGGAUAGUUCUGAGUGAUACAUGUACAUGUGACAGCAGAAUAGCACAGCAGCACAAAGCACUAGGACAGUUCUGACAGCUGUAGAUGUGACAGGCAGGGCUGUUUUAGGAAAGGUAGUAGGCCUGUCCUGUGGGCAUACUUAGCUGGUACAUCAUGUAGAGCAGAGGUGGAGUUGGGAUGAUGUGUAAGGAGACACUGCCAAAUAGGACAUCAAAAGUAUCAAAUGUGACUUUGAAUUGUACAGUUGCAUGUACAUGUAACAGGUCUAUGUAAGCGAUGCAAAUCUAAUCUUGGAGCAUAUUUUUGAGUAGAGAAGGCAUCUGAGAAUUCCAAACUAUAAUUAUCAUGAACUAGGACGAAGCAUCACCAAAUCAAGGAUAACAAUGUGAACACAAUCGCUUGUACAUUCUCAGCAUCAGUUUUUUCUUCUUCUUCUUUCUUGAAAGAACUUCAGAAGCAACAGAACGAGUCAUAUGAAGAUGAACAAUAAGGAAUUACUCAAUUUACUCAUAAUUGACUAUAGCUACAGUAUCUGUACCAGACUGUGUGCACUCGCAGUUAUUGUUAAAAAUGUGUACAAACUGAAUCUCGCUAAGCUUAUCUAGAAUAGACUCAACAGGCCGAUGUAAAACCAGUUCAUGUACAUGGAAGUAUUGAACCCUGUUAAUUCUGAUAGAACCUGGCCCGACUGUUGGGGAGGUCAGCUUGUCAAUAAGCUUCUACAGUAUGUUCAAAGUGUAUAGUUUAACCCUUACCCUGUACUGUAGAGCUCUAUCUAAUGUACUGUAGGUUAAACAUAGGAAAAUGUACAUGUUAAAAUUAUUGCACUAACUCUAACUGUUCCUAUGGAGGCACAUGUAUGGUAGGCAGCACAGUUACGAUGUACAUUACAUCAGCAUUUAUUUUACACCAUACAUAUAAAUGUAUUUCUGCUAGAGAAUAGACCUUUUCUGUUGUACACUGCCUAUCAUGUGAGGCAUUUUAGUUGUUUUUAUAGCAUAUGUAGAGCUCAACAUAAGAAUGUAAUACUACUAAUAAGUUUGUAGGAUUGCUGACAAUUUUUGUGAAUUGUUUCAGCGGUAGGUUGUAAGAAUUCUGGGCCUUUUAGUAUUUUUGUCUUCAUAUUUAAGUUAGUCUAAUAUUUGUAUCAGCUGAUGAACAAAUAACAUCAUCGAUAUCUUCCAGUAAUGUGUCAAUGGUCUUGGAUCAGUAACAAUAGUUCAUGAUGACAAUAUAUUAAUUAUUAUUGUUAUACUCACAACUCGUUUAACAUUGAUCAUUUUCUUUGAGUGCAAACUUAUUUGCAUAUAUACUAGUGAAGAAGAAUGUGCCAUAAACACA